AAAUCGGCAACGCGAUGACUACCCCAGGCGCCGCGAGGGAAAAGGACGCCCUGCUUCCCGUCGGCGCUGUCCACGGCGAUGCCCCCAAGAAGGCGUACAAGUCUAUUAUCCUCAGCGUGUGCUCGUUCAUCCUUGUGACUGAGUUCUGCGAGCGCUUUGCGUACUACGGGUUCACAGGAUCGCUACCUAUCUUCUUUCGCAAGCAUCUCGGUAUGAGCAGCGUUUUGGCCACGGAGCUCAACAGCGUGUUCACGUGCUGCACGUACAUCAUGCCCCUUUUUGGAGCGUUCGUCGCCGAUCGGUACUUGGGGCGCUACAAGAGGUAAUCCACUUUGUUCAUCGCAUCGAAUGUCCAUCGCUGACUUGUAGCAUCUUGUCGUUCUCGUUGUGGUACUUGGCUGGUCUUGUCGUUUGCACGAUCGCCGCGCAUCCGUCGAUCAUGUCGGUUCCGGUCUACAUGGCCGGGCUCUUUGGCGGAGUUGCGAUGGGCGUUGGCGGCAUUAAACCCAAUGUUGUCGUGCUUGGCGCGGAUCAAUUCGACGUGACGGAUCCGGCGCAGCGAAAGCAGCGGGACGACUUUUUCAAUUGGUUCUACUGGUCCAUCAACGUCGGGUCGACCUUUAGCUACAUUUUCCUCACCAACUUGGCCGUGCAAGGCUUGCCGCCGCUGAUUCCAGAGUCGUUCGGGUUCUUUGCGUCGUUCUUGAUCCCGACCGUCUCGUUCUUCGUGGCCGUCGUCAUCUUUUACGCUGGUCGCGACCGCUACGUCAAGAAGCCGCCCCAGGGUAGCGCGUUGAGUCGGUUCGUUGACAUUUUGUGUUGCGCCGGCGCAAAGUCGUUGCAUGGCAAGAUCGUGCUCUCCGGCGGCCUCGCGUUCAUUCCCGCCAUCGUCACGACGAUCGCGUCGUACUUCAUCCAGGACCCGACGUUGCACAUGGCAUUUGCCGUCGCUGGUGCUGGGUUGGUUGUGUACGGAACGCUCGUGCUGAUGACGUCUGGUCAGGACACGUCGUGGGUGCUCGAGGCGGCCGAGACCGGGCAGUACUCGUUGGGCGAAGUCAAGGAAGCGGCGCAGGUCGUGCGACUCGCGCCGUACUUCAGCUUCCUCAUCGUGUUCUGGGCCGUCUACGCCCAGCAAAACAUGAACUUUGUCAUGCAGGGCUGCCAAAUGGAUCUCCGCGUCGGGUCGACGCAGAUCUCGUCGGCGAUGCUGUCCAUGUUCGACGCGAUCGUGAUCUUGGUAUUUGUGCCAGUGUUCAACUCGGUGGUGUACCCCGUCGUCGAGGCGUGCGGCAUCCAGUUGACGUUGCUGCGCAAAAUGGGCAUCGGGUUUGUCAUCGCCAUGGCGUGUAUGCUCACGGCGGGGUACGUCGAAGUCUGGCGAAAGGAUGUGGGGGUGCUUGCACACGUCAACUCGAACUGCGCCCGGGCCGGCGAACACUUGCCCAUGUCCACGUUGAGCGUGUGGUGGCAAACUCCGCAGUACCUCUUGAUCGGCAUUGGCGAGAUCCUUGUCAACAUUCCAUCGUACGACCUGUUUUACUCGGAAGUGCCCGAGUCGAUGCGGAGUGUGUGCCAGGCGCUGAAUCUCCUCACGACGACGCUCGGAGCGCUCGUGGCCGGCGGGACAAACAGCAUCUUCUCGUUCUGGAUCACGAGCGACCUCAACGAUGGGCAGUUGGAACGUGUCUUUUACGUGUUUGCCGCGCUCGUCGUGGUCAACUUGGUCGGGUUCAUCCUGGUCUCGCAAGGAUUCGAGUACCACCAGCCCGCCAAGACGACGCUCGACCUUGUUUCGGGCCUCUCGCCAGCCUUGCCGCGCGCAAACCACCGCCGCCAGACGCGCCAGACGUAGCAUACACGUCAAGUUCAAUACACAAAGUCUGUCAUGACGCAAUUCUCUACUUGAAGAGGCCAAAGAUCGUGUGCAUCAUCGACUUGGCUUCGUCUGCAAUGUCCUUGGCUGUGUUGGACACGGCCUGGGCGUUGUCGAUCGUCGACAUGGCUAGUUUCUGGGCUUGCUGGACAGUGCCCUUGACGACCUUGAGCUUGGAAUUCAAGUUGAGAAAGCGCCCGACCGACUCGAGCAGCGACAGCUGACCGUCGGCGUCCGGCAGGACAUGCCAUACGACGCUGCCGUCCACGUGGCCAGUUACAGCGAGCAUGUCGGCUUCGAAUGGACCGAUCUCCGAGCACGAGAUCGCGUGCAUGUGGCCCUUGGGGUUGGAAUAUUCGGCCGCGACGGUAAAACUAAACAAUGCCGUCGAGCGUGCGACCGAGUCGAGGCGCACUUACUCGUCGAGGCGGAAGCACCGCAGACUCCGUGGAAGGCUUGCCGUGACCAACGACCCGUCUCGGGAAAUUUGGAGCGACCCACACACCUCCAUCGAGUGCUGGCGGACGCAAGACCCCAUCAGGUUGUACACCAGGACAACGCUCGUGUCGCUGAUCUACCGUGCACGAGUGUGAGGAGCGGCACAGCGGAUUUUUUCAUGGACCGUAGCACAUGCGACGACGUAGCCCUUGGACGAGAUCGCGACCGAUUGAAACACUGCGCACGGCGGGCUUUGGAAUCCAAACGAGACCGCUCCCGUGUGCACGUUGUGCACCAAGCACAUCGUGUCGGAGGCACUGACGGCGAUUCCGAGUGGAAUGCUGAGCGCGCACGACGCAAUGCGGCGCUUGUGACCUCGAAAUGCCACGAGGGGGCAGGACGACACCCGCGGCGGGCGGAACGGGCUGUUCAUGUGGGAGAGCUGCCACAGCAUCACGGAGCAGUCUCUGUUGUGGGUCAUGAAAAAGUCCAACCACACGGCAACGACACUACGUACGUGGAGCCAGAGAGAAAGAACUCGUCUUCACCGAGAAUGUCCAUGGCAAUGCACGUAACCAUGCCAGUGUGGCCGUCGGCGCUCGCUCGAGCCAACACGCGGCCGUUGUCGAGAUCGAUGAGGCGGAGGUGAAUGGUGCCAGUCGGAGCGCCGCCACUCACGCACACGCGGCCUUGCGACGACAUGCACACUGGAAAGACACACGUUGCGUAGACUGGCACUCGCGGCACAACGUCAACGGGACUCGUGGCGCGCUCGACUUGGAAGACCCACUUGUCUCCGUCUUUUUCAAGUUUCCAGUGGUGCAAUUCAAUCCCGCCGAGCGAAUUCACCGCCAAGACGCGGUCGCUCAGCACCUUGACCGUGACUACGCUGGCGUGCCCGCUCAGCGACGUCGUCAAAUGGGGAGGGUACUCUUGCACGGACCGCGACGAGCUGCCGCGUGGCGGGUGGGGGUCGCGAAAGAGCUGCUGUGGGCACUGGCCAAAAUGGGCAAUCUGCUGCUCCAUGGCAUGGCGGAGGUGUGGGUCGUCGAUCGAGUCGAGAUCGACGAGGCCCGAGUACGUCAGGUAGUAGAAAACGUUGUUUGCUGCCAACGCGUCCGGGCCUCGUUGCUGGUACCCGAAAAUGAGGUCGAUCCAUUCGUGGAGAUGGGCCGAGACAAAGUCGCUUUCGAGCGCGGCGCGGUGGACUCGAAUGAAUUCUUCGGGGUCAUUGUGUGCCCAUGGAGGCAGCUCGACGUCCCCGACGCGCACGCCGUCUUGCCGCGUGCCAAAGUCAAACCCGUGCACGUUGCGCAGAAACGACGGGGUGCUGAACCAUUCCGGCGUGAGUUCCUUGACUUCCGACAUGCUCGAGUUGCACAUCGUCCAGACGUCGCCGACCGAGUUGAACAGGCGGUCAGGCAGGUCAAACGAUCCGCCCUGCGUCAACUUGUGCAAGGACGAGAACGGCUGCAGCCGCAUGAGGUAGUACAAAACCGACCCCGCUGCCGUCGAGUAGUGCGAUCCGUACAAGAAUUUUGGAAUCACCUGGCGCCGAGUUGGUGAAUGGUCCAGAGUGCGCAGAGGCAGCGUACCGGGUCAUCAAAGCUGUGGUAUCGCUCCCAAUACUCGGCCAACCGAUCGGGGUUCAGAGCGCCCAUGGGCUGGUUCAGCGGUCGGUAGUUGGCAGGAUCUGCCAAGUCCAAGUGGUCGCUUGUGUAGUUCGACAGCACCCACGGAAACACAGGAUACUGAGUCAAGUCGUUGAAAGAUCGACCGGACACGGUGUUGAGCGCCUGCACACAACGUCAGCGGCUCAAGAAAUUCACAGCGGCGAGCGCACCA